AUGCACGUGUGUAUGCGCGCGUAUCAUACGAGGGUGCAUCCGCAUCAUGCUCGCCGCUUGUCUUCGCACCUCUGCUUCUAUGUGCCUGCGAUACGAAUCUGCUUUAAUGGUCACGUGCGAGUGCACACGAACGUGGUAGGCCUCAAAAGUCCCGCAACACCGGGAGGCGUGGCGAUCUCCACAUCAACUGCAACCAAGUCCAGCUGCGUUGCUGCGUGUAUGCCGCGACUUUUCGCACGUGCCAAGUCAUAUGGUCAUGGUUUGCGUCUCGUCAGUCGAGCUACCUUCGAAGCAUGCCUUCCAAAAAGCGUUUCACCGCUGCACGGGGAUAUCAUGCAUCCGAUGGACUCGGGCCAAGGCAGCCGUAGACCCGUGUCCGUGGCUUUCGUACCCAAAGGGAACACUCGGGAUGGCGUUCACGAAAAAAAAUCGCGUCCAGUACAAGAGCUGGCUCUAUUUUGGUUUGCGUCAUGCGCAUUCCCCAGUGAUGCAGGGAUGGCGAAUGUUUGCAUCCACAGGAACGACACGUGUGACCCGCGGAACCGAACCGAAAUGAGGCACGAGUCUGAAUCGUUCUCAUCGAGCUCGUCGCCAAUGUGCAUACUGUUCUUGACAAUAUCGAUUUCCUGA